UCCAGCUGGUGAUGGGCUGGAAGGCUGGCCCCGGAGCGCGUCUUGGUUUCGCGGCUCUGGUGCUCCUCGUGGCUCCCCGGUUCUGCACAGCGCGAGGCGAUGCUCAUUCUCUUUCCUAUAAUUUCACCAUUGAUCCUCAGCCCAGAGAUGAUCAGCCAUGGUGUGAGGUUCAAGGAGAAGUUGAUCAAAACGUCUUUCUCUCCUACGACUGUGGUACAGCUCAGAUCAUGUACAUGAGUCCAUUGGGAGAGAAAGUGAAAAAUAUGAGCACCUGGGAAACACAGACUGUCACACUCAGAGACACUGGAGACUUGCUACAGGAGCAGGUGCCUGACGUUACACCGGAGAAACACACAGACAAGGGCCCUCUGCCCCUGCAGGCCAGGAUGACAUGCUGGCGUGAAGACAAUGGACUCACCAAUGCAUCCUGGGAGUUUGGCUUCAAUGGACAGCUGUGCCUCGUCUUUGAUUCGGAGAAUGGACACUGCACAAUGGUUCAUCCUGGAGGGAGACAGAUGAAAGAGAAAUGGGAGAAUGACAGGGCUGUGACCGACUUCUUCAGGAUGGUCUCCAUGGGAGGCUGUCGGGCCUGGCUUCAGGCUUUCUUGGUGUGCUGGGAGAAAAUGCUGAAGACCUCGGCAUCACCGACCAUGGGCCCCCAUACAGUGAAGUCCACGGCCACAGCCAUCAAGCAGAUCACCUGGAUCCUCCCUGUGCUCGUCACCAGUUUUGUCAUAAUAGGCAUCAUAAUCGCUUGUAUCCAUUAGAAGAAGAGGAGACAGUGCUCCCAGGAAGCCUGACAGGUGCUCUCUCUGCCUUUCUCCUGCUCUUCACUUCAAAUCCAGGAGAUCAGACCCCAUGAAUCCUCAGUGUUUUCUGGUUAUGACGACACAGUAGAUGAAUCAUCUCAUGGGCUUUAUCACACUUGACGAAAUCCUACACAGCAUCUUAAAAAAAAAAAAAACAGGAACAAUUUAUUUCGCCACUUUCUCCUGGUGCUAAGUGAUGGUAUUUCCACACUGAAAUGUUCAAGUACUUGAAGAAAUCUCCACAAACAGGACAUUUAUCAUCUGAUUCUAGUUUGUGGAUAAUUAGACUCAGCCUCGUGACCUCGUUCUUACAAAUGAUAUUGCAAGAAAAAUACUAUCUGCUAUUACAGAACUCAGUGAUUCUGUGUCUGGAGAAAUCACCUCAGCCUAUUUUCAAUAAGGUGAAGUUUUAUUCAUGACUGUUUCCCUUAAUAAUUUAUUAUGUUUAAAGUGAAAGUGUUAGUCACUCAGUCAGGU